AUGUCAGUCCAAACGCUGCUGCUAGCUGCUCUCCUUUCACUGUCGAUAUUGGCGACAGCUGCGGACCCGUUGGCGACACCUGCGGACCCGUUGGCGACACCUGCGGUCCCGUUGGCGAUACCUGCGAACUCGUUGGCGACACCUGCGGACCCGUUGGCGACACCUGCGGACCCGUUGGCGAUACCUGCGAACUCGUUGGCGACACCUGCGGACCCGUUGGCGACACCUGCGGACCCGUUGGGGACAGCUGCGGACCCGUUAGCGACAGCUGCGGCCGCGGCAAAAACGGCGGGAAUCAUAGGGGAGCUGAAGGCGCUGCGGCAGAAAUUGAUGCUAAAUCCCCGUUUGAGAUACCUCGUCAUGAGUCAAGUUCUUUCUCAGCUGAUUACUCAAGGAAAAGCCCUCCCCACCGCCAUGGACUUGACCCUUUUCAUUCACACCACCAUCUUAAUAUCCACCGACGCCGCGCUUCUGUCGAGUGGCCUCCUCCCGAAUCUCAAAAACCCGGGAGCCUCGCUCAAUCUCUUUAAGAGCCUCUCCUUCAACAUCAUCAAGGGCAAGAAGCGGUUAGCCAAGCUGAAGGCUUUACCUGAAGGGAAGUCGGUUGCGCUUCUGCUGAACAAUGGAAAUGCCUACACCCCUCUUUAUGUGACCGACCUCCCUUUCUCCCACCAGCUCUGUGCACCCCGCAAUCUAUUAUCCUUUGCCUCACCUGCUUCCCCCCUCCCUCCUCCCUGCUUCCCCCCUCCCUCCUCCCUGCUUCCCCCCUCCCUCCUCCCUGCUUCCCCCCUCCCUCCGCCCUGCUUCCCCCCUCCCUUCUCCUUGCUUCCCCCCUCCCUCCUCCCUGCUUCCCCCCUCCUUCCUCCCUGCUUCCCCCAUCCCUCCUCCCUGCCUCCUCCCUCCCACCGCCCUGCUUCCCCCUCCCUAUUCCCUGUUUCCCCCCUCCCUCCGCCCUGCUCCCCCCCUCCCUUCGCCCUGUUUCCCCCCUCCCUCCGCCCUGCUCCCCCCCUCCCUUCGCCCUGCUUCCCCCCUCCCUCUGCCCUGCUUCCCCCCACCUCCGCCCUGCAUACCCCCAACCUCAUAGAGGUGCGCGUCACGCACCAAGUGAGCCUUUGCUUUCCCCAUAUGCCACCCCUCGACCUCGAUCUCACCAUCUUUCCUCUCCCUCCCCAUGUACCUCUCCUCUCCCUCCCCAUGUACCUCUCCUCUCCCUCCCCAUGUACCUCUCCUCUCCCUCCCCAUGUACCUCUCCUCUCCCUCCCCAUGUACCUCUCCUCUCCCUCCCCAUGUACCUCUCCUCUCCCUCCCCAUGUACCUCUCCUCUCCCUCCCCAUGUACCUCUCCUCUCCCUCCCCAUGUACCUCUCCUCUCCCUCCCCAUGUACCUCUCCUCUCCCUCCCCAUGUACCUCUCCUCUCCCUCCCCAUGUACCUCUCCUCUCCCUCCCCAUGUACCUCUCCUCUCCCUCCCCAUGUACAUUUGCAACUAA